CGCGGAGCUUGCGAACGCCGGGAAGGCGGCGGCGGGGGCCUGGCCGAGAUCCAGCUCUCUCCCAGACGACUGUGGGUAUGUGCAAGGGGCCCACCCCUGAGUCCAGAUGACACUCAUGCCGAUGGCUUCAGUGAUGGCCGUGGUUGAACCAAAAUGGGUCCCAAUCUGGGGCCGCUUCCUGUGGGUGAUGCUGCUGAGCAUGGUGCUGGGGUCCCUGCUGGCCCUGUUGCUGCCCCUGGGGGCCAUGGAGGAGCAGUGUUUGUCCUUGCUCAAAGGCUUCUACCUGCUCAGGAGCAAGUUGGACAGGGCACAGCACACCGUCUCCAAAUGUACCAGCCCAUCCACGGAACUCAGUGUCACCUCCAAGGAUGCAGCAUUGCUGGUGGUCAAGAGCAAGCCCUCUCCGGCCGCCAAGUUGGAAGCCAGAGCAGCUUUGAACCAAGCCCUGGAAAUGAAACGGCAGGGCAAGCGGGAGAAAGCCCACAAGCUCUUCUUGCACGCCCUGAAUAUGGACCCAGACUCUGUGGAUGCGCUCACCGAGUUUGGCAUCUUCUCGGAGGAAGAAAAGGACAUCAUCCAAGCAGAUUACUUGUACACUAGAGCGCUGACCAUCUCGCCCUCCCAUGAGAAAGCGCUGAUCAACCGGGACCGGACGCUGCCGCUGGUGGAGGAGAUCGACCAGAGGUACUUUAGCAUCAUCGACAGCAAAGUGAAGAAAGUCAUGUCCAUCCCCAAGGGCAACUCCGCACUGCAGAGGGUUAUGGAGGAAACGUACUACCACCACAUCUACCACACGGUUGCCAUUGAGGGCAACACCCUCACCCUCUCAGAAAUCAGGCACAUCCUGGAGACCCGCUACGCUGUGCCAGGGAAAAGCCUGGAGGAGCAGAACGAGGUCAUUGGCAUGCACGCAGCAAUGAAGUACGUCAACACGACACUGGUUUCCCGCAUCGGGUCCGUCACCAUCAGUGACAUAUUGGAGAUCCACAGGCGGGUGCUGGGUUAUGUGGAUCCCGUGGAAGCCGGCAGGUUUCGGUCGACACAGGUCCUUGUGGGACACCACAUCCCUCCCCAUCCGCAAGAUGUGGAAAAGCAGAUGCAAGAGUUCGUCCAGUGGCUCAACUCCGAGGAUGCUAUGAGUCUGCACCCAGUUGAAUUUGCAGCCUUGGCCCAUUAUAAACUCGUUUACAUCCACCCUUUCAUUGACGGCAACGGAAGGACCUCACGCCUGCUGAUGAACCUCAUCCUGAUGCAGGCGGGUUACCCACCCAUCACCAUCCGCAAGGAGCAGAGAUCGGAGUACUACCACGUACUGGAAGUCGCCAAUGAAGGCGACGUGAGGCCAUUCAUUCGCUUUAUUGCCAAGUGUACAGAGACCACCCUGGACACCCUGCUCUUUGCCACAACAGAGUACCCAGUGGCAUUGCCAGAGGCCAAACCCAACCACUCUGGGUUCAAGGAGACGCUGCCUGUGAAACCCUAACCCUUUAGGUCCUCCCUUGGUGACAAUGGAUUUCCAAGGGGAGAAAAACAUCAACUUAGCAUUUCUAGAAACCUUGUCAUCUCCCAGAGCAGGAGACAGAUGAGGAACUUAAACGUUCUUUACCUCCAAAUGUUUAGUUAAAAGGAAAAAAAAAAAACCUAAAUUAUUUAGCCUUGUCUCAGAGAUAACUUAUAAUUCAGCCAAGUUAUUUAUUUUCUUUUGAGCUAGUGUUGUGUGGUGUCUGCCAUUUGUGCUGGUGGCCUAUUCUUGCGGUGGUCCCAGCAGGCGUUGGGGGCACCAGUGCUCGUGUGACCAGACCAGGUUCUGGAGCAGAAUUUGCACUAAGGGGGGGCGGGGGGCUGAGACUGGGGCGAGGUCCAGAGACAUAGGACUAACUCCUCCAGAUCUUUCUCUGAGACUUGGCUUUCCCGGGGAGGUCAGGCACUCUCGGGGAGAACCUGGUCCCAGUUUUGAGAAAUGAUUGAAAGGUUUUUUGCUUCCCUACAAAGAGAUGAGUGUUGUGCUAAUUCUUACUGGCAGGGCAGACUUCUGAGAUAGUGAAAUGAGUGUUGAUAACAUUUCUAGUUCGGUACCUUGCUUAUUUCAAGGAAGAGCCAUAGUUUGCAAACUCUAGUGUCGGAGGCUAUUUUUCCACAUUAAGACUAUUUUUCUAACUAAGAAUAGGGGAAUGGCCAGCCUGAUUUCUCUUUUUCUGUCCAUGUUUCUCUCGCUUCCUUUGCAGCAGCCCAGACAGAUGUUUUAGUCUAGAAGUUCUCUGGAUCUUCACUGCGCCAGUGGGCAAGUCCCUCACCCUCCACUCUCCGAGUUCAACAGAUACCACAUCAACGCCAAAUAAGCAUUCUGAUGGUGAAUCAGAGCACUUUGUACUGAACCACAAAAAACCUUUGACCACAGCCAGGGCACAUCCCUUUUGUCAUGCAGUUUAGAUCCACUUACUGACACCCUCCCCCCCCCUUUCCACAGCCAGUGUACUGUCCAGCAUCCCCUCGGGGAAGCAGAAUAGAUUGCCUUGGAGUGGCCUUACUUUUCUAACUUAUAAAAGGUAAUACAGCCAAGCUGUCCUUCUAUGGAAAUAGACUUCUCUUUCGAUGACGUGUGGCACAGGUGCCGUACCACUGCUGCUAUUUCGGGAGAAUGGCCAGGAAUCACUGGUCCCCUUCCAGGGACAGAGCCCGCGAUGUCUAACACUGCGCUGCACUUUGUCAGUGUCUGACUGAUGGUGAGAAUAUACAGUGUUGUCUCCGGUCUGAUCAUUCAGAUCCUGAUAGUAAUGAGAUCACUGCUCCUACGAGCAAGUAUUUAGUUUAUAGUUAAUUAAUUGUAUAAUAAGCACAUUCAGAAGUUUUCUGAAAGAUUAAGGAAAAUAAGUGUAAAGAUGUACAAAAUGGGCCCCAAGUGAUGGUUAUUCAAAUCUUUGUAAAAAAUAUUUUCAUACUUGUAUGUUGCCAUAAGGUAUUUCUUAAACUUUAAAUCUUCUCUCAUCUUGGUUUUAUAAGCACACCGAGGAAGCCUGACAAAGCGCUGGUUUUGUGCUAUAGAAAUUGGCACUUUAGCUCUAUGUGAAGGAUAUUACAGUAACAAAUA